UUCUGUUCCACCCUGGACCAUACUUGCAAGGUGUAAAAUCUUCUGAAUUAACUCCAGGGACUAAGUUUCAAGGAGUCCAAUUUUGGGGGAAGCAUCUCGGCUCACAGCAAGCUGUGCAACCUGCAUUCACUUUGGGUCCUUAGAUAAACGGUACAAAAUCUGAGGUAUUUUUACCAGAGACACUGCUUAAAGAUGUCAAGUCUGUGGAGAUAAAUAAGCAGCCAUUGCUUUAUGAUGCAAAUUCUGUGAAAAUAAUUUCAGCCUCUGAGCUAACGGACUUAAAAUAUGAGGUAUUUACACUAGAGCCAUGUUUUCAAAAAGCAAAAUCGGUGGAAUUAAAACCAGAGUCAUAUCCUCAAGGUAUGAAUUCUGAGGAGUUGCAUUCACACCUCAGGCAGCAUAGUGUGAGAUCUAUGCUAUUUGUAUCAGAGCCACAUUCUCAAGAGGUGAAAUCUGUGAAGUCAACUCUAUAGCCACAACCUCAAAGUGUAAAUUCUUUGACAUCAUGCUUUAGGUCACAAUGCUUUAAAUCUGUGGCCUUUGCACCAAAGCCAUGUUUUCAAUAUAAAAAACCUAUGGAGCUGACACCAGGGGCCCAACAGCAAGGUAUAAAUUAUCAAGAGUUGACUUCAGAAUGGCAAGAUGUGAAAUCAAUGGUGUUGGCACCAGAGCCAACUAGGAAGUUCUCAUCAGGACCAAUGUUGACCGGUGUCAUAUUUUCAAAUUUGUCUCCAGAAUCACAGCAACAAGGUGUGAAAUCUUUGAAGUUUACUCUAGAGCCAAAGUUGCAAAGUGUAAAACAUGUGAAAUUGUCUUCAGUGUCUCUGCAGCAACCAAAAGUUGUUCAAUCUGAGAAGGUGACCCCUGGACCACCAUUUCAAGUUGUAAAGUCUAUGACAGUGCCAAGGCCAGCCCAUCAAGUGGUGGAAUAUACUGAGUUGACUCCAAAACUGCAAGAUGUGAGACUUUCACACAAAGGAAAGCUAAAAUCAUACUCAAGCUUCCAAGAGUCCUACUUCCACAAUAGAUUUGCAGUCUGGGUCCUCCCAGUCCCCUGCUCCUAUACAAGUCUACAUCAGGCGAAGACAACGCAGCAGCCCUAACCUGGAAGAAAAGACAAUAAUUAGAGCAACUGGACACUAUGAAUCCAUUCGGGUUCACACCCUAUCAGAGAGUGAUUCUGAAAGCUCUCAGAAUGAGAAAUGGACUACAGUGAGAACCAAAAAGACCUCCGAUUCAAAAUAUCCAAUGAAGAGAAUGACCUAGGGACUU